AUGCUGCACAUACUUUACAAUUUCGUGUCCCAAACGACCAGGAUAGCCCAAAACAUUGUAAGUCGACAAUAUUGCGAGUGCGACUAUACAUCCAUGUACCCCCCGAUUGCCUUAAAUGACAUUAAAAGAUUCGUAGCUGACUGUUUUUCCAGCUCUGGGGUCACGGAAUCGAAUGCGGAGACCCUCGCAGAAGCCAUCAUUCAGGCAGAUUACAGGGGGAUGUUCAGCGAGGGAGUUUCCAGGCUUGAACAGUACAUUGAUGAAAUCGAGUGUCGCAACUGCGAUCCAAAAGCUACUCCAACGGUUGAAGACGAAUUCACCUCGGUGGCCGUGGUAAACGGCAACAACGGUCUGGGACCAAUUACUGGAAAAUUCUGUAUGGACAUAGCCAUGGAAAAAGCCCUAGGCUCCGGAAUUGGCAUGGUAGCAGCUAGAGUUAAGUAA